CGGGGGCCAUGGGCUCGGGGGCCAUGGGCUCGGGGGCGGCCGGCGGGCCGGGCCAUGGCGCGCCGCUCUGCCCUUGCCCUUCCCCGCCGCCGCCCCCCGCGCCGCGCUGCCCGCGGGGAACCCGCCGCCUCUCGGAAACCGGGGCCGGGACGCGGCGGAGCGAGGGCGCGGCGGGGCGCGGGGGGCUGCGGGCCGCCGCCUCGCUGCCGCACAUCGCGCGGGGCCGCGGGGAGGAGGGCGGCGGGCGGCGCAGCCCCUGCCUGCUCGUGGCGCUGCGGCCGCGGAAUGUGGAGGCGGAGCGGGAGCGGUUCUUCCGCGCCAGCUUCGCCUACGACCCGCAGUUCGAGUACGCGGAGCCGGUGCCCGCCGCCGUCCUGGACAAGUACGGGGCCGCCUCCGACCGCUUCGUGGCUCAGGCCAUCAGGAUCAUUCGUACUGUCCUGGAGAAGUACGGGACCUAUGAGAGCUUUGAGGUCGCCACGGGCGGGAGGCUGCUGAGCAAGUGCCAGAUCUGGUCUGUGAUCCGAAAGUACAUGCAGAAGGAAGGCUGUGUGGGAGAGAGAAGAAACUCGUGUGGGGAUAGCAGUAGCCCAGAGCACGAGCAGCUGGUGCGUCCCUGCCCACAGGCAGUCCUGGCAGGCAGCGUGGCCAGGCUGGUGGCAGCCACUGCAGCUGCCCUUUGUCCCCAGCACCGAUCGGCGAAGGCAGGAUCCCGCUUCCAGCACCGCAGGCAGCGCGCUCCUGGGACAGACGUGAUGCUGCUGGAGGUUUCCAUAUGCAUUUCAGUGGGCUCACAGCUUGCAGCAGAGAAACAUCUGGCCCCACUGGUGGUGGUGCAGCUCACCGAUGACCUCCUGUCCCAAGCAGUGAUGAUGGUGGAGGACAGCCGGCCCACGCUGGCCAUCAACCUGGCCGGAGCCCGGCAGCACUGGCUGGAGGGGAUGCUGCGCCACGAGAUAGGCACCCACUACAUCCGGGGAGUCAACAACACCCGCCAGCCCUGGCACAGCUCCGAGGGCCGCAAGCAAUACAGCUUGAAGCCUGCCAACCCCACGGAGGAAGGCUUGGCCAGCCUGCACAGUGUCCUGUUCCGCAAGCAGCCCUUCCUGUGGCGGGCAGCCCUGCUCUACUACACCAUCGAGCGGGCCAGCCGCCUCUCCUUCUCCGCCCUCUUCCAGGACCUGGAGCAGUAUGUGCAGGAUGCUGGUGUCCGGUGGGAGUACUGUGUGCGGGCAAAGCGGGGCCAGACGGACACCUCACAGCCAGGCUGUUUCAGUAAGGACCAGGUGUACCUGGAUGGGAUUCUCCGCAUCCUGCGCCAUCGGCAGACCAUUGACUUCCCACUGCUGGCUGCACUUGGAAAGGUCUCCUAUGAAGAUGUGAAUCGACUGAAGAAAUUUGGGGUCCUGGAGAAGGCCCGCAUCCCCCAUUUCAUGCAGGAUCUGGAGCGGUACAUGAAGCAGCUGGAUCACAUUGUCACCACCAAUGGCCUGAAUGAGGAGGAGCUGGAGCAGCUGCUGCCUGACUGAGGGGCACCUCCCCCAAACCAGCACCCCAAGGGUGUAACUGGUGCUGUUUAUUGGGUAUUUAUUGGGGCUGGAGCAGAGGGCAGAGCCCGAGGCGGGCGCAGUGCAUGUACCGCUGUCUAGGGUAGCGCGGCCGAGGGCCCGUGUGGUUGUGUUGAUGUGUCCCCUACAUCGUCCCUGUGUAUUUUGGGGACGGCUGUGUGGCUCCACGUGGCUUUGGGGAGCCAGAGAAGAGGGUUCAGGGGGAGCGAGGGCGGAGCUGGGGCAAUGUGCUGGUCCCCAAGUGCAGAAGGCUGUGCUGGGGGAGUUGCAAUGGGGGCACUUCCAUAGGGUACUGGGAGUGCUCCCAUCACUGCGCAGGCACCUAACCUGGGGCCAGCAGGCGGGGCUGGGGGCUCUGGGCUGUGCCUGGCAGGGAAUAAGGGCUGGACUGCACCCACAGAUUGCCCCAAGGAUGCCUUUUCUGCUCCCUGCCCCUUCCCUCAUGUCCCCGACCAGCAGCAGGAAGGACUUUAAUCCCCCAUUACCAACCUCCACCCAGCUCUGCACCCCAACUACAGCCACCCUGCGUGGCUUUGAGGACUCAGGGUGGGGAUUGGGCUUGAUGUUAGGAAAAAGUGUGUAAUAAAGGUGACAUAAUGGAAAA